UGUUUCCUGCUGAAAAAGCAGAAGAGAUUACCAGCCACAGACGGGUCAUGAGCCCGGUGUUACUGCUGGCCCUCCUGGGGGUCACCCUCCCACUGCCAGGAGUGCAGGCGCUGUUCUGCCAGUUGGGGACAAAUCACCGUGUGUGGAAGGUGUCCGACCUGCCCCGGCAAUGGACCCCUAAGAACACCAGCUGCGACAGUGGCUUGGGGUGCCAGGACACGUUGAUGCUCAUUGAGAGCGGACCCCAAGUGAGCAUGGUGCUCUCCAAGGGCUGCACGGAGGCCAAGGACCAGGAACCCCGCGUCACUGAGCACCGGAUGGGCCCCGGCCUCUCCCUGAUCUCCUACACCUUCGUGUGCCGCCAGGAGGACUUCUGCAACAACCUCGUUAACUCCCUCCCGCUUUGGGCCCCGCAGCCCCCAGCAGACCCAGGAUCCUUGAGGUGCCCAGUCUGCUUGUCUAUGGAAGGCUGUCUGGAGGGGACAACAGAAGAGAUCUGCCCCAAGGGGACCACACACUGUUAUGAUGGCCUCCUCAGGCUCAGGGGAGGAGGCAUCUUCUCCAAUCUGAGAGUCCAGGGAUGCAUGCCCCAGCCAGGUUGCAAUCUGCUCAAUGGGACACAGGAAAUUGGGCCCGUGGGUAUGACUGAGAACUGCAAUAGGAAAGAUUUUCUGACCUGUCAUCGGGGGAUCACCUUUAUGACACACACAAACUUGGCUCAAGAACCCACUGACUGGACCACAUCGAAUACCGAGAUGUGCGAGGCGGGGCAGGUGUGUCAGGAGACGCUGCUGCUGGUAGAUGUAGGACUCACAUCAACCCUGGUGGGGACAAAAGGCUGCAGCGCUGUUGGGGCUCAAAAUUCCCAGAAGACCACCAUCCACUCAGCCCCUCCUGGGGUGCUUGUGGCCUCCUAUACCCACUUCUGCUCCUCGGACCUGUGCAAUAGUGCCAGCAGCAGCAGCGUCCUGCUGAACUCCCUCCCUCCUCAAGCUGCCCCUGUCCCAGGAGACCGGCAGUGUCCUACCUGUGUGCAGCCCCUUGGAACCUGUUCAAGUGGCUCCCCCCGAAUGACCUGCCCCAGGGGCGCCACUCAUUGUUAUGAUGGGUACAUUCAUCUCUCAGGAGGUGGGCUGACCUCCACAAUGAGCAUUCAGGGCUGCGUGGCCCAACCUUCCAGCUUCUUGUUGAACCACACCAGACAAAUCGGGAUCUUCUCUGCACAUGAGAAGCGUGGUGUGCAGCCUCCUGCCUCUCAGCCUGAGGGAGGUGGGGCUGAGGGCCUGGAGUCUCUCACUUGGGGGGUGGGGCUGGCACUGGCCCCGGCGCUGUGGUGGGGGGCGGUUUGCCCUUCCUGCUAACUCCAUUUCCCCCACGAUUCUUCACCCCUGCUGACCACCCACACUCAACCGUCCCUCUGACCUCAUAACCUAAUGGCCUUGGACACCAGAUUCUUUCCCAUUCUGUCCAUGAAUCAUCUUCCCCACACACAAUAGCAACACUGGGGAGAGCCCGGAGCAGCCAGGGUUGCCUAUGGGAGAGGGGACGCUGGAUGAGUGGCUGCAUGUAUCUCAUAAUACAGACCCUGUCCUUUC